GCUCCGGCUCUUCCCAGCUUCAGCACCUUUAUGGAGAGCUACGCCGGGGAGUUGGACGCCUUCCUUUGCCAGCUGCCGGCCGGCGGGCAGCACUUCAGGCUGGAGGAGCUGCAGGUGUACGGCUGCUACCCCGCGGCCUUCGGGCAGCACGAGGAGACCCUCUCCUCCUCCUCCUCCUCCUCCUCCUCCAGCGGGUCGGACUGUUACGGCAGCCCCUGCUCCAUCCCAUCACCGAACUUCCCCGCUCCCCAGGCUCCGGGCUGGGACGGCUCCUUCGGGCCCUAUUCUCCCAGUUACGACGGGGGCCGGCAGUGGGGCGAGGCGGUGAAGGGCGGCGGUGCGCAGCCCCAAUUCUUCUUCGCGCCCCCCAACCCCGUCGGUUCCCCGAAGGACCCCCGCCUGAUGGACGCGGAUCCCUUCGUUCUGCCCCACGGACCCGCUGGGGCUUUCCCUGGGUUACCCCUCACCCCGACGUCGCCGUUGCUGGAGGGACCCCCGCUGCCCCCCGCCCCUAAAACCCGCGGCCCCGGAGCGGCUGAGGGACGCUGCGCCGUCUGUGGGGACAACGCGUCGUGUCAGCACUACGGAGUGCGGACCUGCGAGGGCUGCAAAGGCUUCUUCAAGCGCACGGUGCAGAAGAACGCCAAGUACAUCUGCCUGGCCAACAAGGACUGCCCCGUGGAUAAGAGGCGGAGGAACCGCUGCCAGUUCUGCCGCUUCCAGAAGUGCUUGGCCGUGGGCAUGGUCAAAGAAGUGGUUUGGACCGACAGCCUGAAGGGUCGCCGCGGCCGCCUGCCCUCCAAACCCAAACAGCCGCCGGACGCGUCGCCCGUCAGCCUCAUCACCUCCCUGGUGCGGGCGCACAUCGACUCCGUCCCCAGCGCCACCAAGUUGGACUACUCCAAGUUCCAGGACUCGGUUCCGUGCCACCUGGAGAAGGAGGACUCUGUGGACGUGCAGCAGUUCUAUGAUCUCCUCACGGGUUCCAUGGACGUCAUCCGCAAAUGGGCCGAGAAGAUUCAGGGCUUCGCCGAGCUGCCACGGGAGGACCAGGAUCUGCUGCUGGAAUCCGCCUUCCUCGAGCUCUUCAUCCUGCGCCUGGCCUACCGCUCCAAGCCGGAGGAAGGGAAGCUCAUCUUCUGCAAUGGGGUGGUGCUGCACCGGCUGCAGUGCGUGCGGGGCUUCGGCGAGUGGAUCGAUGCCAUCCUGGAGUUCUCUCACAGCCUGCAUCGCAUGAGCGUUGACGUGCCUUCCUUCUCCUGCCUCGCCGCCCUCGUCAUCAUCACGGGUGAGGUGGCACGCGGCCCUUUGCGGGGUCCCCACGGGGUCCUGAGCUGUAGAUCCUCCGCGGCCCCCCCAUGGAUGACCCUCGCCGUUGGUGGCCCCUUUUGGGUCCCUGAUGGCCCUGCGAUGAGUUCCUGUGGGUCCCCGCCCUCUCAGAGUCCCCAGUGGCCCUUUGUGGGGUCCUCAUGGGGUCCUGUGCUGUUGGUCCUCAGUGGCCCCGCAUCGGGUUCCUAUGGGGUCUCCGUGUGUUCAGUGUCCCCAGUACCCCACAUUGGGUUCCCAUGGGGUCUGCAUGCCAUCCGUGUCCCCAAUGGCCCCACAUUGGGUUCCUAUGGGUCUCUAUGCUAUCAAUGUCCCCAGUACCCCACAUCAGGUUCCUAUGGGAUCUCCAUACGUGUCCCCAAUACCCCACAUUGGGUUCCUAUGGGGUCUCCAUGUAUUCAAUAUCCCCAAUGGCCCCCCAGUGGGUUCCCAUGGGGUCUCCAUGCAUUCAAUGUCCCCAAUACCCCACAUCGGGUUCCCAUGGGGUCUCCAUGUGUUCAAUGUCCCCAAUACCCC